AUGGCCGAUAACAGCGUAAUCGAUACCCUCACGGAUAAUCUAAUCAAUGAGAUUCUAUUUGAAAUUGUCUUGGAAGCUAAGACGACGAGUACCAAGAUGGAUCUUCAGCGACAACAGUUGCAGUCCUCGUCGCUGCCUUCGUUGCAGCAGCAGCAGCAGCAAACCCACUUGCAAUCCAACAACCCACGCGCAUCCGGCGUUUCAAAAGGUCAAGGCGAUCCACUAAACCCCAAUUUCGAAUGCUUGAUAUGCAAUAGGUGGAUUUCGUGCAACCGAUACGCACCGCACUUGAACAAUUGUCUAGGGUUGAGGGGAUCUAGGGGAUCUACGAGAGCGGCAGCGAGUGUGGCAAGUGGGGCAAGUCAGGCGAGCUCAACACACUCCAACACAACAAACAACACAGCAGCCACCCACAAGCCGCCUACCAAACACACCAACUCGCACAGCAACUCAAUGGUGAAUACACUCAAGCACACCAACAAACCACGCCAGUCGUCGCCGUUAUCAAAUACACCAACUCACACACAAGAUUACCUCUUCAGCGAUCUGCAUAACAUGUCCAAAGACCUCUUCUCUCCGAGUAACUCUGAAAGCUCAGCUUUGAGUUCACCGCCUAAGGGUGGGUCUAACACUGACACUUUGAGGCAGAGUGCGCAGAGUGCUGAUAGUGCUGAUAUAGAUUCAUCCGGUUCAGAGGAAGAGUCUUUGUGA